AUGUCCUCCAUUGCUCUUCCAGAUUUGGUUAAAAGUCUAUCAGUGGCGUUCAAUAAUAAAGAAUACGAAAAUUGUGAAAAGCUUUUGGGUCCAAUUAAAGUAGAAUUGAUUAAACAUAAACUUUUAAUCCCUAACCUUCAAGGCUCCACUAACCUGACUCAAGACUAUAUCAACGAUCUAAAUAUCACAAAACAGAUUCUUGAAAUAGGUGCAUUGACGUCCAUCUAUCUAUCCAAAUUCGAAAUAUAUCAGAACUAUUUUGCACAACUUAGACAAUUUUACUUCAAUGAUAUCCAGGCAUUAAAUAACUCAAACAACAAAUCCAAGUUGAUCUCUCUGUAUCUAUUGAUCCUUCUAUCUCAAGGUGAUGUAACUAGGUUCCACUCUGAAUUGGAAUAUUUGGAUAAACGGAUCAAAAAUUUAGAAGAUGACGAGCUGUUGUCGUAUCCAAUCAAAGUGGACAGGUGGUUAAUGGAAGGUUCUUAUCAAAAAGCAUGGGACCUAUUGGAAGCUGGGUCUGCUGUCCCUGAAUUAGAUGUUUUCUCCAAAACUUUGAUGGAUGCUAUUAGAGAGGAAAUCGCAGUGAAUACUGAAUUAGCAUAUACUAGUUUGCCAUUGAUUAAUGUUAAAACUCUUUUAUUUUUCAGCACUGAAAAACAAGCAGAGCAUUUUGCCCUGGAGAAAGGCUGGACUAUAAAUAAUUCAAUAGUUUAUUUCCCUAACAAGGAACAAUUAGAUGGUAUUGAUAAUGAAGACAAUGAAGAAGAAGAAGAAGAAGAAGAAGCAAUUACUGAAAACCUGACAAAGGUGGAUAAUAAAUUGAUACAACUGAAUUUGAUAAAGAAAACAAUGAACUAUGCCAUUAACCUUGAAACAAUUGUAUAG